AUGGAUGCACCGGCGACGAGGGGUGGGAAGGGUCUCUUCGAGGGGCUCUACCGGUUCUUGAUGCGCCGGAACUCCGUCUACGUCACAUUCGUCAUCGCCGGCGCCUUCCUGGGGGAACGGGUAGGGUUUCUGCAUCCCUCUGCUCCGCUCCACCUCCACCCCCCCUGUCUUUGUGCUCCUCUUCUUCAGUAAGCGUUUGUCCACAAGUAUCAGGAUUCUUCGGCUCUUGUCUAUGUGGAUCCGUCACAAUAGGCUGUGGCUUCAUGUGCCCAUUGUUUUUUUUUUCGUAUGAUUUAUUAAAGUUACAAUGUUUAGGACGUUUCUAGAAAUCCACAUUUAAUAGUGAUGAUCGGCGCUAUUCUCAACCUCCAGAAGCAGUAGAGACGCACCAGAGACGGUUCUAUUAUCACGUCGUCAAACGCGAUCCGCAUGUCUGGGGGGCCUUGAUGUCGGAAUCACAGUUAUCAUCGGCCUGAAAAUCAAUAAGACUAUUUUUUUAUCAUCAAUUGUUUUCUAUUAGAAUUCACCUGUUAUUGUUGUUAUUGCCAAUUUUUUUGGUGGAAAUUUUCUGAACCAUAUCGAUUUAGACGCCACAUUGAUGGCUCCUUAUGCCCUUACAUAGCCCACACUAAUGUCGUCCUUAAAAACUUGAUGAUCCGUUGAUCUCCGAUACCCUGACUACCUUAACAAUAUUGCAUGCUUUCCACUAAAAGAGCAUUCAUCCAUUUAUUUAUUGAUCAAACAGAAAUUAUAGGCUGACAUAUUUUUGUUGCUUUUUUUCUUCCAGGCUGUUGACUAUGGCGUCCACAAAUUAUGGGAGUACAAUAAUGUUGGGGUAAUACAUAGCUUUUUUUACAUGGUUCAUUUUCCCCUAUACACCCUAUUUUCGUUUAGUCAAAUUUUCUUUUUGAUUUCAUCCCGUCUGUGUGCUUUGAUUCGUAUUUUUUUCUUCCCAGAACUUGCUCUAGUUGUGUGUCUGAGAGAAAAAGUCUAGAUGUAUCUAUACUACUUCAUACUGGAGAACUGAUCUUGUUUUUUCGUUCCAUUAUGUGCCACAGAUUGUUGUGUUUCUUGUUGUUGAUAAGCUUGUAGAUCUUAUAGUUAUGAACAUUGUAUUUCAAAAGCAGGAAUGUAUCAAUUAUUUUGGUGAUGAGCCCUGUGGUUUAGAUUAUCCUUUCACCCGGGUACUAGGGACAGUCUUAAACGGCCAAACUUUGGAUGAAUUUCUCAGUUAGAUGUGCCCCCUUUUUUCUUUUUCUUCUAAUGCUACUUACUAUGUUUGACUGCCCUUGUGUGGUCUACGAUGAUUAUGAGUCAUCUAGUUGGUAUAUUUGAAGACAUCUGGAUCAGUUAUGCAUUUCCCCUUUUGGAUUCACCUCAUGGUCAAUCUUUCCUUGUUUAUUUUCCUCAGAAGGGGAGAAAAUAAUGUUGAAAAAUUUAUGAUGAGCAGAAAUUAAUUUUACCCAAAAGUACGGAAACAAUUAUACUAUUGAAAGUUGGGAUAGAUGCUAGGUUCAUGCCACACAUUGGCUAUUGAUUCAGGGCUCAUGUAAGCACCCUCGGAGAAAAAAUAGUGAGAAGCUGCUGGCGGAUGACUGUUGCUCGUUAGGAGAAAUCGAAUAUGUGCGGCCUAAUUAGAAGGUGCAUGAAGUAGACGAAGAAUAGCAUGCAGUUGGGUUUGAAAAGACAUUUUCGUCAGUUGCCUCAACAAUGCAUCUCUUCCUGCACGAACAGAGCAUUUGAUCCAACGACUUUAGGAACGAUAUUGCCGCCUAUUAAUAUUAUUCAGAUGGGUGCUGGAGCCUUUUUUCUUAUUAUCUGGCUUUAGUACAGAGAUAUUUCUCUAGAUGGACUUACCAGAUAACCCAUUUCUGUGGUACUGAUGCAGGCCUUUGCCCUGACGAGUUUCUUAAAAUUGGUCAUGUUCGCUGCAUGGAUGAAUGAUGUUCUUUCCCGUUGGAUGAGAUUGUUUCUCUUAUAUUGUCUUCUAUUCCACAUUUUCCGCGUUUUAUGUUUUCAUUUUCCGUUACUAUUCAUAGAAGACUGAGUAGAUUUUGAUGGAAGGGGUGCGGAGGUGUUGAGAAUUAGCAGAUGAAUUGCGAUCGGAUUAUUCAUCUCAGCAACAAAGUAAGAACUAGUAGAGGAACUAGAACAUAUCUCAGAUCACAAGUCGCAUGUCUGCCCUGUCAGUUUUCGAUCCGUGAGAGUAGAAAAGUUUGAAGAAAUUGUGGAAGCCAUUGGCGAUAAGGAUUUAUCUUGGCUGUACCCUGAGAUUGUUGCUCAAACUGUAAACUGGGAAAUGUAAAACCAUAUCUGAAUGUUGACUUUGCGUAACGAUCACUGAUUCCUUGUUAAAUUAUUCAACCUGUUUGAUGUCAACGCUGGGUACCGCUCAUAAAUCCUUUUUGACUACUUCAAAACUGUAUGAAUCCUGGGUGACCCCACUUAUCAUUAAUGAGAUAUUCAUCUCUUCAUUUUAUGCACCCCUUUGCUCAAAUGUUAAAAAAAAAAAACAAUUAUGAGAUAAUUUCUCGGAUGUGAAUCGGGUGACUUGAGCCAUCUGUUGAUGAUAAAUUUGCAUAAAAAUCCGAAAUGAUUCAACUCAAUGUCAAAGAUGGAGCCUGCUCCAUCCAUCAUUUGUGAAAAGCCCAGUUCUUCAUUUAGCGGACGAAUUUGCUCAAGAUUUGCUCAUCCCUGUGGCCUUGCAGAAGAGGUACGAGGACAUCCCAGUGCUGGGGCAGCGGCCAUCCGAGGAGUGA